GGAGCACAGUCGCCGAAUUGCCACUACGACAUCUACGCGUAUUUUUGUCGAAACAUUCGUCUGCGUGAAUAGAACGCGGGUGAUAUUGCGAAAUAAUCGUGUGUUUCUGUGUUCGUUUAUGCUGUUUGUGUUAUAAUAUGUGUGGAAUGGUGAUUUAGUGGUGUGUAACGUGCAAGGACUUUAGGGUAACAAUGUCUAGCAGUUGACAUGUUUAUCUGUGUCGUGUGUGAAGAUUUUCCCUUCGCGUGAGGAGGUGCGGUGCGUUAGUGUGCGCGGUAGUGGCUAGUGUGAGUGCCGCGGCCGUGGUUACGCGAGGAUCCAAUGAUGGAUUGCAUUUCCUGGGAUGUAUAGGAUGUAAACACCAACGUCGGUCAAUGAACAACAACUCUCAUAUGACCACAACAGACAAUGCGGUCACAAGCUGCAAAACCCUUACCGAAGAAGGGAGCUUUAGGAAAGACGUCGUUCAAAGCGACUAAACAAGUAAAAAAACGUGCAUUGGCCCAAAAAAAAGUCAAAGCAUCUCCGAAAUCUGUGGUGAAGAAUUCUAAAAAGCUUUCUGGGGACAAUGAAGCCACCAGUAAAAUUGAUGGAGAUGCUUCUGCCAAAGAAAAAAAUAACCCUUCACCUGAAACAGCUAAAGUUGAAUCUUGUAAGCCAAACACAUCCAGGGAAACAAAAGAAAAGGCUAAGGCUUCACCAAAAAAAGUUGUUUCUAAAAGACCUGUUCAAUUAAUUAAGAAAAGCAAACCUUCACCCAAGUUAAAAGUUAAUGAAAAAGACAAUGAUGAAGUUAAGUACAAAAUAAACUUAGAAGCAAUUAAAAAACCAUCGCCGAAAACACCGAAAAAUAAAUCUAACAAUAAAAAAGGAAAUGCAAGCCUAAAGAAAAAAACAGCUUCAGGCAAAGAAGGCGAUCAAGUGAAAGGAAUACCAGAAAAUGAAAACACUAGUAAUGCUGAAAAAAUAAAUAGUAAAGAUAAUUCAUACAACUCUAAUAAAGUAAUUGAGGAAAACCCUUGUUCGGUUCUUGAAACUAAAAAUGAAAAGAAGGAUGAGAAAACCUCAAUUGAAAAAACUGAACCUAAAAUUGCUGAAACACCAAUCCAAAAUGUUACAGCAAUCAACGUCAAAUCUAAUAGUCAAUCAGAUACACCAAAAGUCGAAACUGAGCGACCACCUAAGUUUUUCACUUCCAGUAGAUCGCCUCGAACAGUGGAUAUAGAUGUGAAAUGCUGCAAAAACUCAAAAGGCAAUUUAAGUGUAUCUGAGAGGUUUCUUUCCAUGAAAUGUGAAAGUAAAACUGACGAUAACAGCAAAGAAAAACCUUCAAAUAACCUUAUAUCCCAAGGCCCCGAUAUUGACGUUUAUACUUUCUCAGAGAAAGUUGAUUCACCAAAAAGUAUUCUAUCUGAUUUUAGGACUCCUGUAAAUAAAAACAUUGGUAGGGUGCGACCCAUUGCAAGGGUUAAAGGAACGGUAAUUGAUAAAAAAGCAGAUUCGGAAAGAAAAAAGUUUUCUCCUCAUAGACCUAUUGAAGAAGUUGUCAAACAGCUGAAAGCUAAUAAACGUUCUGAAGAUGUAAUCAGCCAUACAAAUACAAAUUAUGAAUCUUCAAGUUUAGAUUUCGGAGUGUUUGAUAAUGAAAAAAAGGCCGAAGAAAAACCACCGAUAGUAAGUAAAUCUUACAAAAUGGUUGCAAGAAAGUCUAGUAUAACAGGUCAGCCAUUUAGUCCAAUACAAUUUCCUGAUCAAGAAGAGUCUCCAAAAAAAGAAAGUAACAAUCAAGUCAAAGCCAGUAAUGUAAAGAAGAAUGUAAGUAAAACUAAGAAGCAACAAAAGAAACGUUCUUUAUCGGAUGAUGACAUAAAUACCUCUACCUUCUCUCUUAAUACUAAGUCUUUUCAUUAUACUUCCUCUGACGAAAGUGUGAGUGAAUCAAAUGAUGACAAUGACAAUAAUGAGUCUUCAGAGUCAGAUAACAAUAAAAAUAAAAGGACAAAGAAUAAAAAAUACAAAAGAAUAACAGAUAGUGCAAAAAAGUCAACUUCAAAGGAACUAAAAGAGCUUUCAAAAGAUUCCUUAAUUGAUUUAAAAGAUACGUCAGCAUUACUAGGAAAUGAAAAGCCUAGCAAAAGGCGCCUAAAGUUAUUAUCAAUGUGGUCAGGUCCUAAGAAACAUAGGAUGGCAUCAUUAAAUGCCCUAGCGAAGGUACAUUGUUUAUAUGAAAACGAAAGUAGAACCCAUAUGGAAUUGGGUCUUAUGAAAACAGUUGAUAGACAAGUUAUUCCAAGUACAUCGAAGGCUAAUUUUUCCCUUAAAAAGAAAGACAAUAAAUCAAAAGACUCUGAGAAACAAGAAAGUACAUCAGAAUCAGAGUACGAAAAUAAAAGGGAAAAAGAAAAAGAUAGUUCUGAUAGUUCUGAUGAUAGUAUACCUCAGAGAACGUUACGUGGUGUUCCUGGAAUAAGGAGUGCUGGCAUGUAUUGGGACCCAAAAUCUUCAACUUCUUCUAGUGAAGACAGUGAAUUAGAGUCCAGAACUAAAAAAAGUUCAACGGAUAAAAAGAAGAUUACACCAAAAUCAUCUACUUCAAAUAAAUCUGAUUCCGAUAAACCCCCACCAAAGAUGAAGAAAACGGCUGGAGUUCCCGUUAAGAAAAAACGUAACAGAAAUGAAGUAGUUAUGGAUCUGAAAGACAUGGUCGUUCAAAAGAGAAUGGCUAGCUUGAAUGCUACCGCUAUCUUAGCGGCCAGCUACGAAAAACGUUCUCCAAAGUCAAGCAAAGAUGAGACAACCUCAGAUUCAUGUAGUGACGAAUCUUAUCUGUCGCAAAAGCCAAAAAACUUGCUUAGUUCCGGCGUGAAGUCGGAAUCAAAAAACGAAGAGACCGAAAAAGAAAGUGACGAUACUCAGGUUGCCGAUAAAAAGCAGAAAGUUGAGGUAAUCGUGAAUCAAGACACUGAUGUUACAAUUACCGGGGUGUACGCUACACAUCAUCACGAAGGGUUCUGUACCGUAUCAGGAAUGCAGUAUCGUAUUUCAUCAACUAGCCAUACUCAAACAACAGCGACGGCUAACUGCGAAAAGGAUGGAUGCCCACGAGAUGAAGGAUCUCGCUACACACCCCUAUCUGCACUAUCAUCGAUGCAGCCUCCUGCGGAACAUGCACAAACACAUCCUACGCCAGUGCCCGAACUGGGAGGAUUGGGUCGCCGAGCCGGUUGCUCCAGUGCAUUCUCCGCUCCGUCUCCAGCAGCUCAUCAUGACCCAGGAUACUAUCAGCCCGCGGGUCCGCUGAUAAAGGAGAGCAGCGCAGAUGCAGAACGAGCGCUUGCCAGAUAUCACCCGCCGCAUUACCACCCUCCGCAUCCACCUGUACUACAGCAGUAUGGACCAUAUUACCCAGCAGAGCUAUGUUACGGGCGGUACUAUCGACCGCCUGGACCCUACCACAUCCCGCCACCGCAACCUGAUGCACAGAUGGUAGGUGUAGGAAGCGAGCCGUACCCACCUCAGUAUUACGGCACGCCACCAUGUUAUCAACAUUCACCACAAAGGAUACCAUAUGUAGAGUACCGAGGAUGCCCGUGCCCAUUAAACGCGUGUCCAAAAAACGUCCUUAUUGGGCCCGCUACUGGUAAAGCCCCGACCGGUGGGGGCCCAGCGGACGUUCCUUCAGCUCUAGCUCCGCCCGGGGGCGCCUUCCGAUUGAAGGUGCGGGCGGGCGCGCUUGAAUCUGCUGCCGACAACCAUGGCAGCGGAAAGGAUCCUCCGUUAGAGCCGGAGCCACCAGAACCACCGAUGGCAGCGGAUGCGCCACAUCCCUGCCCUCUGCCAGCUAUUGGCGGAGCAUCACCCAAGCGCGAAAUGUACGAUGUGCGAGAAAACCUCCGCCUGACCGCUGAUGUCCCCGGACCGACCGAAGCUUUGGGACCGCCCUCACCGGCACGAGGGGCCUGCGCACCACAACCACCGCCAUCGGCUCCACGACGAGCCCGUCUUGGUAAAGCAAUGGCAAGGCGCUCGUUGGCAGGCGAAGACACCGGCCUACUCAUUUCAAACCCACAGUCAACUACAAUCAAUCAAGACGUGGAUGACGACGUUCUUGCUAUCUCACCACCCAUCUGCGCUCCAAUUGAUCUGUCCUCGUCUGACGAACGUUCGACACCUUUAGUGGAUGUUAAAAAAGAAAACGAGGGCCCUACAUAUGCAACGUCAAGAAAAACAGAUACACAAGCCCUCAGAGAGCACAACUCCACUACAGCCUUGAUUGAUGCCUUGGAUUCAACUGAUGCUGCUAAAGCUGUCAAACGAAGAUAUUCUAAACCAAAAUUGGAAAUAGAAAUGAAAGACGUACAACUCGAGGACGCUUGUAAAACUAACGGAAUCGGAGAACAUGUUAAACUUCAAAAGCGGCGUAAAGUUUCCGGUGAUCAAACAAACGUCCCACGAAUUGAGACGAUAACGAAGGAGCCCAAGAAAAAGUCGACACAAAAUAAAAGGAUGCAAAAAACUUCACCUGGAGAUAAAAAGGCUCACAAAAGAAAAUCGGAUACAAUACACACUGAGCCAAAGAAUAAAAAAUUAAUAAUUGACAAAGGAGUUAAUGAAGAUCUGCGCUUUGCAAAUAUAGCAGCAGUGCCCGAUGAUGAUCUUUGUAUGAAACCCAAAACAAAAAGUGCUUUAUUACUCGACAAUCUUAUUAAGAAAAACAGUAUUGAUAGGCUCGAUGCCAAGGCAUCAGAUACAAAGCUAAAUCCAGCUGAACUUUUCUUACCUCCAACCGACAAUGUUUCCCAAAAUUGUACAAAGAAAACUUUAAAUAUAAAUAAUAAUAUAGUAGAAAAUAGCGUUCCUGUUAAUGGUGUACAACCGAAGACUAUUGCAGCUGUCAGUCAACUAAUAGUAAAGAAACUAGCUAAUAAGACUGCAUGUAAAAUAGAAAAGGUUGAUUCCAAGAUCAUGCAUAACCUCAAGUCAGUAUUAUCAGCUCCCACCGAAGCUAUAAAUUUCAAGGAGGUCAAUAACACUUCUUUCAUGAACGGAGAAACAAAUAUCGAGAAAAGUAGUUUAAAUAUAUGUAUUGAAGAUGAAAAACCUAAAAUUGUAGAUAUUAAAGAAAAGUGUGAACAGAAAGACAUUAGUGUAAGUGUUAAUGAGAGUAAUAGCGCUGUUGAUGCUAUCAAACUAGCAAAAUCAAUCAAACCUGUAAAGACUAAGCCGUUACCAAAUUCUUUGGAACCGAUCUCUAAAUCGCUGACUACCGGUAAUGUUGAUGAAUCUCAAACGGCUAUGCCUAGCGAAUGUAAAGUCAAAAAUUCAGCAAACAUCGGUGAUAAAUUUGAAGAUAUAGAUAAAUCAUUGCCAAAACGAAGCAAAGUAUACACGGACAAAACAAACGGGGAAUUCAAGAGCAAGAAUGUUGAAAAUUUAGUUAAGUUGCUAACUUCGAAGAAAUUGGCGUCAAAGGCUACAGAAUUACUGGCUCCAGUUGAACAAAAAGACGAAGAAAUUACAAAAGAAAAAGAUGUUGCUACGCCGAAACGCUGCAAGUUAGUGGGAGAAAAGACAACCGGGGAAUCUAAAAGUAAAAAUGUUGAAAAGGUUGUCAAGUUACUCGUCUCAAAAAAGACAGUUAUAAAGACAGACGAAGCGUCGUUGGUUGUGGAAGACGCAUGUUCGUCGCCUGUUCCUAAUAUGAAGAAAACUCGCCGAAGACGCAGCGGAGGUCGACGUGUGCGACGAGUGGCAGCUCCAUUAAUAGCUCCUGACUUGCAGCCACGAACGCAGCCCAAAUGGAGCAAUGGAUGGAAUUGGGACGGCGAGGACUACAUAUCUAAGGUGUACCAAAAUAACGAUUCGCGACUAGAUCGCACGGCACGAUGCUGGCCGCGUAUGACGCACUUGAGUGGCGACCGAGUGUCCCGCGGAGACUGUGUCCUACUACGAGCGUCACUGAAACCGACUAACGAAGCUCAGCCCUACGUCGCUAGGAUAGCUAGCCUAUGGGAGGACCCUGAAAACGGGGAAAUGAUGGUGUCCCUGGUGUGGUACUACCGUCCUGAGCACACGGAGCGGGGCCGACAGGCUACCGACGCACCCGACGAGGUGUUCGCCUCGCGACACCGCGACGCUAACUCCGUAGCCUGCAUCGAGGAUAAGUGCUACGUGCUCACUUUUAACGAGUACUGCCGGUACAAGAAGCGGCUAAAGGCUGCUGAAGAAGGCAUCGUAAUGGGACCAUCGAUAGUACCGCCGUUGCCUGCCAGCGAAGUCACCCCAUUACUAGCGCCAAAUGACACCAAGCUGCCACCAACGGUGUCCCCCGAACUGGUACUCUUCUGUCGGAAGAUCUACGACUUCAGGUCGAAGAAAAUUCACGUGCCCAACAAAUGAACUAACUACCGGAACGUUUGGAUGUCGAUUUUACACGAUAAUGUCGGGCGCGAUGGACCUCAAGAUUUUUGUAACUAUUUUUGUCUACUUAGGAGUCAACACCAAAGCUUCGAGAUAAGUCUAUCGUCGGCAGUACUUCCCGGAGGAUAAGGAUCCUUCGCAACUUGUCGGAUAUGAUAAAUGUAUACUUUACAUAGUAGUGUCUCGUCAAACCCUAUAUUAGUACAAAGCCCGAUUCCCAGUAGUUGAGUGUGGCCAUUUUCUUUUUUGGAUAAUCGCCGAUCUGUCUUUCUGUUGCUUGUAUGUAUCGUAUCGUAGUGAUGUUUCUUGUAAUUAUAUUGAGUUGCGGAUUAUGUGACGAUUGAUGGUGGUGAUGAACUUUGAAAAUGGAUGCCUUUUUAUAAAACAUAAGUAGUUGUAAGUGAAUCAUGAAUGCAUAAUUGUGAAUAGCGAUGUUUAUUUUUGCUUCGGGAUUGAAGAAUUUAUGUAUUCUCAAUUCUGUAUGUAGAGGCAUUGAGUUAGUGUGGUAGAUGCUGACUUAACUCGUGUGUGACGUCUGACUGGAUGACUCGGUCUAACAUUAAGUUUUGUUCGGCGAAACGGAAAAGGCAUUUAUACGAUUUAAAUUAAUUUUAAUUUACUGUUACAUUGUUAUCUUCGUAGAGUCUAUAAUAAAUUAUUAAUUUAAUACAACAAUGCAAGUGCGCCAUGUUUUAUUAUGAAGCGAAUCGAUUUAGUAAUUCGCUUACUUAUUUUAGGUACAAUCUUGUGACGAAUUCUGUUAAAGAGUAAUAGAAAUAUACAAUACAAGUCAUUCGAAGGGUACCAACCCUUUAGUACCUUCAAAAUUAUUAUACAAAUUGGACAAUUUUAUGACUUAAAAUCUUUAAGACCAUGUUUAUACGUAAAAUAUACUAUUUCUUCUUGAUUUGGAAAGCAUAGGUAGUAUUCUACAUUUGCUUAGACUUUUUUGUAACAUUUAAUGAUCUACCUUCAUCACAUUAUCGUAAAAAAUACUUCUUUUUUUUUAACUGAACUUUUCCAUAAGUGCAUUAUUUUAUUAAUUCCAAUUUGAAAUACACAUUUUAUGUUCUCUGCAUUUGAGGAAUUGAUUUUUACCAAAUGUCUUUUACAACUGACCGACAGUUUAAAAAAAAAAGUGUUUUCCUUUAAUAUUUUGUCUUUAAAGACUGAUUUGCAAGAGCAGAGCACACAUUUUUUUACAAAAAAGGAAGUAUAACUGUAUUAGUAUAUAACUUUGAAAAAUGCAACUUGCGAAGUGUUUUUUUUUAUUUAUACUUUGUAUCAGCCAAUAUUUUACACUUAAAAAUAACAAGUGGGAUCAUUGUAACAUAUUUUUAAAUAUAAUAUUAGUGCAUAGAUGUAAACGAAAAAAAGUGUUGGACUAAAAGAGAUAUAUUGUAUGACUAUUAAUAGUGAAAAUCUCUUUAUCAUUAGAAUUUAUGUCUCAACACAACGCGUGAGCCAUCUGAUAUGGGGACGUGAGACGUACCAAAUAUUGGUAAUCCAAAUCAUGAGACUUCAUCAAACAUUUAUUAGUUUAUUUUACAUCAUGUGAACAUAAAUCUUAAUACGUUUGCGUUAAUUCUGUGUAUUAGGCCCAUAUUUUUAUGUAGAACAGAAAUUUAGAUUAUAUUUAGGAAUAUGUAAAUUUCCUGUGUGGGAAAUUUUAAAGGGCAUUUAAACUUAUGGGCUGAUAGUUCGUCCGCUCAAAUAAUUCGCAGUAUACACGCUACUCUGGUAAAUAUGUGAAAAAGAUAAAAAAGGUACAAUAUUUUAUCAUUUAGUACCUCAUUAAUUUAAACAUUUUACAUUGAAUACCAUCAAAAUCAAAAACUAAGUAGUAAUCAUUUUAAUUAGGUAUGCUAUUCGCGACGCACCAAUUUACACUGCUGGUGUACGGUACGUCGAGUCUUUGAAGGAGCCGACGCUCGCCUUUCGCCAAAGAGCCCAAACUAUUUGAGCCAGCGAACUAUAGAUAUGAAAUCAAGAAAGACUUCUUCUUAUCACUCAUGUUUCUAAACGGUGUACCAAGAAAAAAAUAUACUUAACCAGAGGCCCAGGGCUUUAGCCGCGUGUAUGUCUGCAUUCGUAGUACCUAUCUAAUGUUUAAUGCGAAAGGAUCUAUAUGGACAACGCAAAUAUGCGGCGUUGACACAUACUUUAAUGACAAGACAUGUGAUUUCUAUUAUAUACGCAAUAACAUUUGGGUGAUUCCGAGGAAUUUAAAGUGUGUUUUGUUUAUAAUAGAAUUCAUAUUUGUUAGUUACGUAUGAUAUAUGAACAAUGCGAUCAGCGGCUGCCAUUAAGAAGCCG